GCAGCUCCGGCGUGGGCUGGGAAGCGAAAGCGAAACGGGCGAGGCCAGGACCGCCCCGUGGGGCGAUCUCCCCGGAGGACGCGGGACGCGAGGAGGAGCCAGUGGGGCUCGCGGUGCGGCCCUGGACCGGGAGCCCUGCGCAGUGGUCCCGGGCGGAUCCAGAGCGCCAUGCGGCUUCCCAACCUGAGGCCCUGGGCCUCGCUGCUGCUGCUGGACUUGGCCUUGCUCUGGCUGCUGCGGGGGACUCUGGGGGCGCUGCUCCCCCCGGGGCUUCCAGGACUGUGGCUAGAGGGGACCCUGCGACUUGGAGGGCUAUGGGGGCUGCUGAGGCUGGGAGGGCUGCUGGGGUUCGGGGGCGCCUCGCUGCCCCUGCUCUGCCUGGCCACCCCCCUGUUUCUCUCCCUGAGGGCCCUGGUGGGAGGGACCCUGAGUGCCCCCCCUGUCAGGCUGGCCUGGGCCUCUUGGAGCUGGCUGCUGGCGGGCUACGCGGCUGCAGGGCUGGGCUGGGCUGUGUGGGCUGUGCUGAGCCCCUCAGGCACCCCGGAGAGGGAGCCAGGCCAGGAGAAAAACAGAACCUUGAUGUGGCGGCUGCUGCAGCUGUCCAGGCCUGACCUGCCCUGGCUCCUGUGCGCCUUCUUCUUCCUGGCGGCAGCAGUGUGGGGGGAGACGUUGAUCCCACACUAUUUUGGCCGCGUCAUUGACAUCCUGGGCGGCGAUUUUGACCCCGACGCCUUUGUCAGCGCCAUCGUCCUCAUGUGCCUGUUCUCUGUCGGGAGCUGCUUGUCCGGAGGCUGCCGCGGAGGCUCCUUUACGCUCGUCAAGUCCAGGAUCCACCAGCGGGUCCGACAGAAGCUGUUCUCCUCCCUGCUGCGUCAGGACCUUGGUUUCUUCCAGGAGGUUAAGACAGGCGAGCUGCAUUCCCGGCUGAACUCGGACACCUCCUUCAUGAGUAACUGGCUUCCUCUAAAUGCCAAUAUAAUCCUGCGGAGCCUGGUGAAAGUGCUGGGGCUGUACGUCUUCAUGUUUAGCGUGUCACCACGACUCACCCUCCUGUCUCUGUUCGACCUGCCCGUGAUGCUCGCUGCUGAGAAAUUGUACAACACUCGCCGUCAGGCCUUGCUGCUGGAGAUCCAGGACACGGUGGCGAAGGCAGGGCAGGUGGUGCGGGAGGCAGUCGGCGGGCUGCAGACCGUGCGCAGUUUUGGGGCGGAGGAACAAGAAGUCCACCGCUAUAGGGAGGUCCUGGAGCGAUGCCGGCAGCUGUGGUGGCGUCGAGACCUGGAACACGGCCUGUAUGAUCUUUUCCACAAGCUGCUGCCCCUGGGCGUGAAGGUGAUGAUCCUGAGCUGCGGGCGGCAGCAGAUCCUGGCGGGCGAGCUGACCAACGGCUCGCUGCUGUCCUUUCUGCUCUACCAGGUGGACGUGUGGCACCAUGUGCGCAGCCUGAUGUACAUGUAUGGGGACAUGAUAAGCAACGUUGGAGCUGCCGAGAAGGUGUUCUGCUACCUGGACAGAAAGCCCAGGCUGCCUCAGUCUGGCACACUGGCCCCUGCCACGAUGCGGGGGCUCGUGGAGUUUAGAGAUGUCACCUUUGCAUAUCCCAGUCGCCCUGAUCAGCCAGUGCUCAAGGGGGUAACGUUUACUCUGCAUCCCGGGAAGGUGACGGCCCUGGUGGGACCCAAUGGCUCUGGGAAGAGCACGGUGGCUGCGCUGCUGCAGAAUCUGUACCAGCCCACGGAGGGCCAGGUGCUGCUGGACGGAAAACCCGUCUCUGAAUAUGAGCAUCACUACCUGCACAGACAGGUGUCUGUGGUUGCCCAGGAGCCUGUGCUGUUCUCCGGCUCUGUGAGGGACAACAUUGCCUACGGGUUGCAGAGCUGCGAGGAUGACAAGGUGGUGGCCGCUGCCCAGGAGGCUCUUGCCUAUGACUUCAUAAAGGAGAUGCCGGAUGGAAUACAGACAGUGGUAGGUGAGAAAGGAAGCCAGUUGGCUGUAGGACUGAAACAGCGUCUGGCCAUCGCCCGGGCCCUGGUGCGGGACCCCCGCAUCCUCAUCCUGGACGAGGCCACCAGUGCCCUGGACGUCCACUGUGAGCAGGCGCUGCAGGCCUGGAGAUCCCGCGGGGACCGAACCGUGCUGGUGAUCGCUCACAGGGACCACGCAGUUCAGAUCGCUGACCAGAAACUGGAGCUCCAGCAGGGCCAGCUUGUGGACCUCAUCCCGAACAGGGAGGGGUCAGGACCUCCUACCUCGCCUGUUGCAAGUCAGCUGGAGGGCUGAGACCUCCGGACAGGGGCCCUGCUCAGGGCCGUCUCCCAAACGCCAGCCCCAAGCACCUCAUGCUCCUGAGUUUCUCUGGGGCUGGGCCCUGGGUACUUGUUCCUGGGGCUGGAGGUGUGAUGGCGACUGGAGCACAGGGGCUUUGGAUGUGCUGAACUGUGUUGGAAUGAGGGGUGGGGCGUGGCCUUUGGGGUGGGUCGGUGUCCUCUGGGCUUACAAAGCUCAUCACUUAGGUGAGUAGUGCUUGUGGUGUGAUAAACACCUGCAGCAGGCUUUGCUUGGCCGUGUAUGUGCGCGUCCAUGUGCAAAUUUGGAAAAUACAGAGAAGUUCAAAGAAGAAAAGUAAAACUGCUUGUGUUAAACUUCCCAGAGACAACCGUUUGUCCCAUUUGUUGAGAUGCUGAUUAACCAAUAUGAUACAAAAACUUACAA